GUAACCUUUCGUAGAGUGACUCCGAGAGAGUCUACCAAGUGCGGUAUUAAACGCAAAGUUCUUCUGAAGGGAGGACUGUAUCUCACAACGACAAAGACAUUCCUUAGGAAUCCUAUCGAAUAAGAGAAUCGUGCAUUUAUAUUGUUUAGUGGGUGCCACUCUGUCCGCUACUGCGCAUUAGAUAAACAAUAAGAUUAUGUUUGUUCGCGAACGCAACAGUCACAAAAGUAAAUGAAAACAAAACAAAAGACUUUUCCUUUGUGCCUCAUUGAAGACGAGCACGUUGACGCCAACACAACCAGCAUAACGCUGGGAAAAAGGCGUGGGACAUAUUCAGUUAAGGAGUUAAUGGACAUGACCAGACAGUGAUUGGACACAUCCCCAUAUCUCAAGUACAGGCUGCAGUACAGGCAACGACCAACCGGAAGAGUCGUCGUCAAGAUCGAGAUCCAGAUCCAGAACCAGUCCAGGAAACAGCUGUAGCUGAAACACAGACAACAAUGAGCACAAAUAGCAGCUUUUUUGAUGAACAUUUAACCAUGCUAUACGCAAAUCUGAUGAACAAUUACGUGCCAGAGUACUUUAAGAGCUUCCAGUACACCCCGUGGGUGUUCUCGCUGCUGGGUUCGGUGGUUAUCGGCCUCAGUGGCAUCUUUCCACUGCUCAUCAUUCCGUCAGAGGAGAAACUGGCCAAAAAUGGAUACAAAGACCCUGCGGAAUCAAAGUUCCUGCGAGUGCUCCUGAGCUUCGCAGUGGGAGGACUGCUGGGGGAUGUGUUCCUCCAUUUGCUACCAGAGGCCUGGGAGGGCGAUCACCAGAGCUCCUCGGGGGAAUUGGGGGACAGCCACCCAUCGCUGCGCUCCGGACUGUGGGUGCUCGCUGGCAUACUGAUCUUCACAAUAGUGGAGAAAAUCUUCUCCGGCUACACGAACGCAGACGAGGAGAAUCCCCAGCCCAAGUGCGUGGAGAUCGCAAACUGCCUGCUGCGCCGCCAUGGGGGCAAGCUGCCGGAGGGGGGAACCUCCGAGAGCUGCGGCGGAGCCUGUGACAUUGAGGACGUGGACAAGGUAUGUUUCUUGCGCGAGCGAGAGCAGAAGUCCAAGGAGCAGAAAGAACAGCCCAGGAAGGUCGCCGGAUACCUGAACCUGCUGGCCAAUUCCAUCGACAACUUUACGCACGGCCUGGCGGUGGCUGGAUCUUUUCUGGUCUCCUUCAGACACGGAGUCCUGGCCACAUUCGCCAUACUUUUGCACGAGAUCCCCCACGAAGUCGGGGACUUUGCCAUUCUUCUGCGCUCCGGAUUCAGUCGCUGGGAUGCGGCUCGGGCACAGCUGCUAACAGCAGGAGCAGGACUACUUGGUGCCCUGGUGGCGAUCGGAGGCUCCGGUGUAACCUCAGCCAUGGAGGCACGCACCUCGUGGAUCAUGCCCUUUACCGCUGGCGGCUUCCUGCACAUUUCGCUGGUCACAGUAUUACCUGAUCUCUUAAAAGAAGAGGAACGCAAGGAAUCCAUUAAGCAGCUGCUAGCCCUGGUCUUUGGCAUUGCAUUAAUGGCUGUCAUGACGACGCUUUUCGAACACUAACCUAACCCUAGCAAGAAGCCGAGCAGCACAUCAGAAUAGUUUAUUCCAUAAAUGGUUCCACCAGGAUGGCUCCGUUGUUGGGUGUCCAAAAUUGAAAUGAAUUUGUUGUACUUUACGGGAUGGCUAUAGGGAUGCCUAGCCCCUCCUGGCCACUCGUCCUAUUUUGCGUUGUGUAAUUAUAGCCGAUACGAAUGAUAUUUAAACUACUGUUAAUAAUUACGUAUUAUUGUAACAUACGAAAAACAUGAAUAGAAACUGUGUGUUUUCAAAGAAA